AUGGAGAAACCACAGAAAAUGCCCAAAGUGGCUAAGGUGAAAAACAAAGCACCGGCAGAGGUGCAGAUUACAGCGGAACAGCUGUUGCGCGAGGCGAAAGAACGCGAUCUUGAGAUCUUACCUCCGCCACCGAAGCAAAAGAUUUCCGAUGCCGCCGAGUUGGCUGACUAUCAACAGCGAAAGCGCAAAACUUUCGAAGACAACUUGCGCAAAAACCGUAUGGUUGUAAGCAACUGGAUCAAGUAUGCCCAAUGGGAGGAAUCGCAAAAAGAAAUCCAGCGAGCCCGGUCGAUCUGGGAGCGUGCGAUCGAUAAUGAGCAUCGUAACAUCACGAUAUGGCUGAAGUAUGCCGAGAUGGAGAUGAAACACCGACAGGUAAACCAUGCGCGUAACCUGUGGGACCGCGCGGUCACCAUAAUGCCGCGUGUGAACCAGUUCUGGUACAAGUACACCUACAUGGAGGAGAUGUUGGAGAAUGUGGCUGGUGCUAGGCAAGUAUUCGAACGUUGGAUGGAGUGGCAACCGGAAGAACAAGCCUGGCAAACGUACAUAAACUUCGAACUGCGCUACAAGGAAAUCGACCGGGCGCGAAUGAUAUACGAGCGGUUCGUGAUGGUGCAUCCCGAGGUAAAGUAUUGGAUCAAGUUCGCUCGAUUCGAGGAAGCGCAUGGGUUCAUCAACGGAUCGCGGACGGUGUACGAACGAGCGAUCGAGUUUUUCGGUGACGAUCACGCUGACGAGCGGUUGUUUAUAGCCUUUGCGAGGUUUGAAGAGGGCCAAAAGGAGCAUGAUCGCGUUCGUGUCAUCUACAAGUACGCGCUUGAUCACCUGCCUAAGGACCGCACGACGGAACUCUACAAGGCGUACACGAUCCACGAGAAAAAGUACGGUGAUCGUUCGGGAAUAGAGGACGUGAUAGUUUCCAAGCGGAAAUUUCAAUACGAACAGGAGGUUAACGAAAAUCCGACCAACUACGAUGCCUGGUUCGACUACUUGCGGUUGGUGGAGAACGAAAACGAACCUGAACUGAUACGGGAAACGUACGAGCGUGCGAUUGCAAAUGUUCCCCCUGCGAAGGAUAAGAAUCUUUGGCGGCGUUACAUCUAUCUUUGGAUUAAUUACGCCCUGUACGAGGAGCUGGAAACUGAGGAUCUCGAGCGAACGAGACAAAUUUAUCGCACAUCUCUUGAGUUGAUUCCGCACAAGGUGUUCACGUUCAGCAAAAUCUGGCUGCUGUAUGCGCAAUUCGAGAUACGAUGCAAAAACCUGCAAACCGCUCGCAAAACGCUCGGCAUGGCAAUCGGACGCUGUCCGAGAGAUAAGCUGUUUCGCGGUUAUAUCGACCUCGAGAUACAGCUGCGUGAGUUCGAUCGGUGCCGGAUUCUGUACGAAAAGUUCCUCGAGUUCGGUCCGGAAAACUGUACCACCUGGAUGAAAUUCGCCGAGUUGGAGUCGCUGCUGGGCGAUACGGAUCGAGCAAGAGCUAUUUACGAGCUUGCGAUCCAACAACCACGGCUCGACAUGCCCGAGCUGCUGUGGAAGAGCUACAUCGAUUUCGAAGUGCAACAGAGCGAGUUUCUGUUAGCACGCCAGCUGUACGAACGGCUGCUAGAGCGGACGAUUCACGUGAAGGUGUGGAUCUCGUACGCAAAGUUCGAAAUAAGUGCUGAAAAUGAGGAGGAAGGAUUGAACGUCCCACUCGCCCGGCGUAUCUACGAAAGAGCAAACGAAUGUCUCAAAAGCCUGGCGGAGAAGGAAUCACGUGUGCUGGUGCUAGAGGCAUGGCGUGAUUUCGAGCGCGACCACGGUGACGAAUCCAGCCUGAACAAGGUGCUAGAGAAAAUGCCCCGCAAGGUGAAGAAACGACAGAAAAUCAUCUCGGAGUCUGGCGUCGAGGAGGGUUGGGAGGAGGUAUUCGAUUUCAUCUUCCCUGAAGAUGAGAUGACACGUCCUAAUUUGAAGCUGCUUGCCGCUGCGAAGAACUGGAAGCGCAAACAAGACACGGAACCGCCCGUUACCGUCGAAAGAGCUGCAAGUAGCGAAGCCAGAUCUAGCGCACAAGAACCUGUUCCCGUAAACGAGGAGUUGUCACCUCCCGAGGAAAGUGAAGAACACUCGAACGAUGCCAACGAGGAGCAGUAAUUUUAGGAAAAGAAAUAAACCACUCGGUGCGGUUACGCAUUA